GCGGUGGGAGAGGCCGCCCCCCCCCCGAGCAUGCGCGGUGGUUGAGGCCGUCCUGUGGACAUGCGCAGUGGGGCCCACCUGAGGGAGACGGGCGGGCCAAGAUGUCGGCCCAGGGCGACUGCGAGUUCCUGGUGCAGCGGGCCCGGGACCUGGUGGCGCAGGACCUGUGGGCGGCCAAGGCCUGGCUCAUCACCGCACGCACCCUCUACCCCAAGGACUUCAACAUCCAGUACGAAAUGUACAGCAUCGAGCGGAAUGCAGAGCGGACGUCGUCGGCCGGGAGGCUUCUGUAUGACAUGUUUGUAAAUUUCCCAGAUCAGCCAGUUGUAUGGAGAGAAAUCAGUGUUAUCACAUCAGCAUUAAGGAAUGAUUCUCAGGAUAAACAGACUCAGUUUUUAAGAGGUUUAUUUGAAACCCUCCCCGGUCGGGUCCAAUGUGAGAUGUUAUUAAAGGCCACAGAACAAUGCUUUAAUACACUGGAGCGAGCAGAAAUGUUGCUAUUGCUCUUGAGGCGUUUCCCUGAAACGGUAGUGCAACAUGGGGUAGGCCUUGGGGAGACUUUGCUUGAAGCUGAAAAUAUUGAAGACCAAGAGUCCCCUGUCAACUGCUUCAGGAAAUUAUUUGUCUGCGAUGUUCUCCCUCUAAUAAUUAAUAACCCUGAUGUUCGAUUGCCUGCCAGUUUGUUAUACAAGUAUUUGAACAAAGCAGCUGAAUUUUAUAUUAAUUAUGUUACAAGAUCUGCCCAAACAGAAACCCAACAUCAAGGUGCACAAGAUACUUCUGAUCUUAUGUCCCCUACCAAACGCAGUUCACAGAAAUACGUAAUAGAAGGACUGACUGAAAAAUCAUCCCAGAUUGUGGACCCGUGGGAGAGGUUGUUCAAGAUUUUGUCUGUCGUAGGAAUGAGAUGUGAAUGGCAGAUGGAUAAAGGAAGACGGAGCUUUGGUGAUAUUUUGCACAGAAUGAAAGAUCUCUGCAGGUAUAUCAGUAACUUUGACAACGAAGCCCAUGCUAAGUACAAAAGCCAAGUUGUGUAUUCCACAAUGCUGGUCUUCUUUAAAAAUGCAUUCCAGUAUGUCAACAGUAUCCAGCCAUCUCUCUUCCAAGGUCCAAAUGCCCCAAGCCAAGUUCCACUUAUUCUCCUUGAAGACGUGGCAAAUGUAUAUGGCGAUGUAGAAAUUGAUCGUAACAAGCACAUACAUAAAAAGAGGAAGCUUGCUGAGGGAAGGGAAAAAACCAUGAGUUCAGAUGACGAAGAAUGUUCAGGGAAAGGAAGAAAUCGCCACAUUGUAGUUAAUAAAGCGGAACUUGUCAACUCCAUUGAGGUACUGGAGAGCUUUAAAUUGGCACGAGAGAGCUGGGAGCUGCUCUAUUCUCUAGAUUCCCUUGAUAAGGAAUUUACACGAAUUUGUUUGUCAUGGAAAACAGAUACUUGGCUUUGGUUGCGAAUUUUCCUCACGGAUAUGAUUAUCUAUCAGGGACAGUAUAAAAAGGCAGUAGCCAGUCUGCACCACUUGGCAGCACUUGAGGGAUCCCAUUCCCAGCAGCCGAUUCCGGGUCAGGGGACCCUAGAGCAUCAGCGCGCGCUCAUCCAGUUAGCCACCUGCCACUUCGCCCUCGGCGAGUACCGAAUGACUUGUGAGAAAGUCCUCGAUCUGAUGUGCUACAUGGUGCUUCCCAUACCGGAUGGAGGCAAACCCCAAGAGGAGCCAUCCAAAGUGAAGCCCAAAUUUAGAAAAGGCUCAGAACUGAAACUACUGCCUUGUACCAAUAAGGCUAUUAUGCCUUACUGUCUUCAUUUAAUGUUGGCGUGUUUUAAGCUAAGAGCGUUCACAGACAACAGGGAUGAUAUGGCUUUGGGCCACGUAAUUGUGUUGCUUCAGCAAGAAUGGCCACGGGGAGAAAACCUGUUCCUGAAAGCUGUCAACAAGAUCUGUCAACAAGGAAAUUUCCAGUAUGAAAAUUUUUUCAACUAUGUCACAAAUAUCGAUAUGCUGGAGGAAUUUGCCUAUUUAAGAACCCAGGAAGGAGGAAAAAUCCAUCUGGAAUUACUGCCCAAUCAAGGAAUGUUGAUCAAGCCUUCUAGCCCUCCCCUGGGGUUACUGCAGCAGGAAUUCAUACCUGUACCACAGCCCAGCAUACAGACUGCUGACAGGCACCAUACCGUGACCCGGGGCAUCACCAAAGGGGUGAAGGAAGAUUUCCGCCUGGCCAUGGAGCGCCAGGUGUCCCGCUGCGGGGAGAACCUGAUGGUCGUCCUGCACCGGUUCUGCAUCAACGAGAAGAUCCUCCUCCUGCAGACGCUGACCUGAAGGAAGGGAACCGGGCCGCGACGCCACCGGCUCGGGACCGUCUUCAGAAGCAGGGAGCUCAGAGCAGUGAGAAUGGUAAUGGGGGACGGUGCCACCACCACCGCGGGGUAGCUCUCAGGAGGAGAAAGCCGCUGGAACUUGGGAGAGGUAUCUAGGCAUAACUGCGGAAUGCGCUUCAGAGGUUUGAGAGAUGACCCUGGUUUUAGCUGUGGCCAUCAGACUUGGAAUUUUUUGGGGGGUAAAGUGAGAGGAUUCAAAAGUUUUGUAAAUAAAACCCAGAUCCAUGAAAUGCUUUUUUCCUUCAGGAAAAAAAAAAAAGAUUUGGAUGCUACUGGUUUAAAUCUUUCCCUUCUCCCGUACUAAGAAAAGCUCUAACCCGCAGCAAGCAGAUAAGGGAUUUGGGAGGUGACUCUCCUAAGCACAGAUGGUAAAAAUCAGCUUAUGCAAUUUUCCCCUCUAAUUCAGUGCGGACGAUUCUUGGAAACGCCUGGGCGUGCAUCCUGAGUUUGUGAGUAAUUAUCACCCACCCUCCCCACCGGGGAUGAUGGU